CCCCUGCUCACCUCACUGACAGCAUCCACAAGAAGAAGCACACACGCCCAACAUUUACGGGGCACCAGAUCUUUGCUCUGGAGAAGACUUUUGAGCAGACCAAGUACCUCGCAGGUCCGGAGAGAGCACGGCUGGCAUAUUCCCUUGGCAUGACUGAGUCCCAGGUGAAGGUCUGGUUCCAGAACCGACGGACCAAAUGGAGGAAGAAGAGCGCCCUGGAGCCCUCCUCAUCCUCACAGCGGGUGGGGGGCUCUGGCGGAGAGCGGGCAGCCUCUGAGCCGGAGGAUGACGAGUACAACAAGCCCCUGGACCCCGACUCGGAUGAUGAGAAGAUCCGGCUGCUGCUGAGGAAGCACCGCGCAGCCUUCUCGGUGCUGGGCUUGGCCACACACAGCGGCUGA